AUGUACCAAGUUAAUGUAAACGAAAAUUUAAAAAAUUCAGAUGGAUUACAAGAAUGGUUACGUAAACAGAGACAUAUACAAGGUGCUCUAAAUAUUUAUGUAGAUGAAUUUCAUUACGUAAAUGACAAUGUUCAAAGUCUUAUAAAAGACAAUCGUGACAUAUGCAUCAUUGAAACCACAGGGUCCAAGCAGUGGAAAAUAAAAUUACCAGGAAACGCUUUAGAUAUGGCAAGUUUCGAAGUGUCUAAGGUUGAGCUCACGUUAACAGUUAUAAGUGUAACUGAAAAAAGAGUUCUAAUAUACAAUAAUCAAAAUUUAAUGGAAACGAUAAUGACAAAGGAUUCGAUUUCAUCGAUAAAGUGUGGUGGUCUUGGAGAAGAGAAACAAGUAAUUGUAAUGAUUUCUCAUAAUGGAGGACUUGUAACUAAAACUCUUAAUCAGACUGCAAACUUUGGUAUUCAUUCAACAAUAGACUUACAACAGAGCAUGAGUGUUGGUUCAAAAUUAAUUUUACCAAAAAAAACAAGGCUUUUUAUUGAGCAAACUAUAAGGGAGAGAUCGAAUGCUAUUAACAUGCACACAGAUUUCCAGCAAAGGUUUUUAAAGAUACGCCUAUUAACUAUACAAAAGUGUUUAAAAUCAGAUUUUUGCAGACCCAAAUUGAAAAUAUUUCAUACUUCUGUUGAAGCAUGUUUACUAGGCCUUGGACCAGAUUAUAAUCUAACAAUUUCCGUAUCAGUUAUCACAAAAAGCUUACUAAGCAGUUCCUUAUAUUUACUAUGCAAGUACAAAAAUACUGUUGUUGAACCAAAAGUCACAAAGCUACAAAAUUUAUCUUACAAUAUUCCAUCAAUGUUUCAAUUUCACAUUACAACUAAAUGUAAGAGUGGUACUCCAAACAAAAUACAAGUUUUGUUGUGCUGUAGAGGAUUGUCGGAACCAUUUAAUGUAAUUCCAAUUGUUAUUCCAUUAUAA